AUGCCAUCAUUAACAACAACAGAUGCAGACAUUCCUAUUAGGCCCAUACCUGAAACAUCAAUUCGUCGACCACAUCGACGAAGGCCAGUUCAAAAAAAGUACAAUUCUUAUCCACCCGUAGGACAAAUAAAAUCAAUAAAACGGACACUAACUCCGGGUGAAAAGAAGGCGAAGAGAAGAAAAGCAGAGAGGGCAGUAGUAAGAUUAGAGGCGACAAAAAGAGUGGUGAGAAAAGCAGCGAGAAUCCCCCAGGUCUCGAUAGCUUCUCCGGUAAUGGAAAUAACACCAAAUGCAGCAACAUCUACCACAGCUACAUUACCACCUUUAAGCGUUGCCGAGAUGCAAGUGACGAGGCCAAAAGGAAAACCGAAAAUCAUUUCCGUGACUUCUUUUCCUAGUACAAAACCGGCAUUGCAAAUAAGAGCACUUAAAAGAACAUAACCAUGUGCAGCCUUAAGGAUUCCAACAACUGCCGUGUAGGAGUAACGAAACUUAAAUGACAGUUUCAGAAUAUACAUAGAG